GCCCAGAGCUUUAAUUAACGUAUUCACAUUAAUUCGUUUGACGACCUGCUCACACUACACAUGUCACAAAUAUUUUACUUUUGUACUACAAUCAUCCUCCCCCCUUUCCUCCUACCAAGUAAAUAUACUACUAAAUAAAUCUUAUUUUAGCUCCUUUAAAAAAAUUCAUUAAAAACACAUAUAUACAUAUCCGUUCAUACUUUUCCCUAUUUUUUUUCUUUUUUGGCAUUUCCUUUGACUGGGAAAAACGAGAUGAAGAAAAAUGUGAGGAAUGAGGAAAAGCAAAAAAAAUAUUUGAUUAGCGGCCAUAAACGUAAAAAAUUUUCCCUUUUCUCAUUUUUCUCAUCUACCACCUACUAAACUAUUCACACGCAAAUACUCGGCGGAAAUAACAAAAAAUAGCUAUGAAAAUAAAAAAAGAGGCUGGGAAGCGCAGUCAAACCUUUUAUGUUUUUCUCUCGAAUAUUUUUAAUAAAAUUAACUCAAAUUAACCCUUUCUCGAACCUUUUUUUCGAUUUUUAUCAGGCAUGCUCACGGGUACGGAUAUAUCCGCGGAUAUCCGGAUACCCGCGGCUCUGAAAAACUGACACUGAAAAACUGACUAUUUUGAAAAUUUUUUGAGUAUCUGACCAUUUUGAGAAAAAUAAGAUUAUCCACGAGCGGAUAUAGUCGAAAAGUGACAGGAUAUAAACGGAUAUAGCUAAUAUCGGAUGCGGAUAUCGAAAAUCUAUAACCUGUGAGCAUGCCUGAUUUUUUAAUAAAUUAUAGUAAUUUAAUUAACCCACCUACAUGCUCCCCAACAUUAGCAAUGCCCAUCUUCUACACCUUUCACCACAAAUUCCAGGCGCUGUUGUUAGUUGCACAGGCAAAAAGGUGUUGGUUUUGACAGAUCUUUUAUUGACAAAAGUUUUAUUUAUGAUUGCUUACCCAAGCAUUUUUGUUGUUGGAACUGUUGGAAAUUUGCUUGUUGUUUGGGUUGUUGUUAAUUGUAAGAAGAUGCAGACUGUCACAAACGUAUUCAUUGCAAACUUGGCAGUCUCUGAUCUUUUGGUUUGCUUCAGCUCAAUAUGGUUAACCCCUUCAUAUACCUACAUUGGACACUGGAUUUGGGGUGGUUGGCUUUGUUAUUCUUUGCCUUUGUUCCAAGGGGCAUCAAUUUUUAUCUCUUCACUUUCGUUGACAGCUAUUGCAUUAGAUAGAUAUUGGGUUAUCUGUUUGGCACCACCAAAUAGGAGUGCUACACAAAUGCAUACUUCCAAACAAGUUUGUAUAGCUGUAAUUGUUCUCAUUUGGUGUGUUUCUAUUCUCCUCGCCUUGCCUUAUGCUGUUCACAUGAGAAUUGCUCAAGGUGUGCAUCCAUCCACCUUACUUAGUAUAUUAAAAUUCAUUUUUAAAGUUCAAUGGCCUUGCCAUUUCUCCCUUUGUGUUGAAGAUUGGGUUGAUUUGGAGGAUUUGAGGAGUGUUUAUGGGUUUGUCCUUCCAUUUGCAAUUAUUGGAAGAAGUUAUCGUCUUAUUUGGAGGUUUAUUGAAUCUAGACGUGCCCAACUUCUAAGGCCUAUAAGUGAGGCACAAAUGAAUAGAAAACAGAGAUUGCUUAGAAUGCUUGUUAGAAUGGUUCUGGUUUUUGGGUGUUGCUGGCUUCCUUUUAAUAUCCUCAAUUUGUUAAGGGAUCUUAGAAUGGAUGCCUGGCUGAAGCCCUAUUUCUCCUUCCUUUUUCUACUUUCCCAUUUACUCUCAAUGGUUGUACCUGCAGCAAAUCCUCUUUUAUAUGCCUGGAUGAAUAGUGCUUUUCGAGAAUCUUUUCUGCGAGCACUUCCACUCGGCGGAAGAUUGAGGAAAAAAUUGGAAAUGAUGGAAAUUGGAACUGUUGGGACUGGACAGAUUUGUGGAGGAACUACAAGUUCCGAGGGAAGAGGAGGAAGGGAAGAAUUUCAAACAGACAAUUCACAACAACAACAAUUAAUUAGUAAUAGAAAUUCUCGAGAAUUUAGACCUCAAAGAAUUCCUUCAACAAUUUCACUUCGUUAUUCACCUAGUAAUCUCUCCAAUUCUCACAAUUAA